AUGAGACCUACUGUUGUGAAGGAUUGGUAUGCUAAAGCUAGGGAUGUUACUGUUCAUGAAAUUAAACACUAUGUUGCAGGAAGUAAAUUAUUAGCAAGUGACGUACGAUAUGCAUUUGCUUUAACAACAAAAGUUUUGAGAGGUAAUGCAUUAUCAAGAAGAGAAAGAAAUCAACUUUUGAGAACAGUUUCAGAUAUUUUCCGUCUCGUACCUUUUGCAAUUAUUGUUGUUGUACCAUUCUUGGAAUUUGCUUUACCAGUUCUGUUGAAACUCUUCCCAAAUAUGCUUCCAUCACAAUUUGAAGAUGGAUUAAAAAAGAAGGAAAAAUUAUUGAAAGAAGUUAAAGCUAAAGUUGAACUUGCUAAAUUCUUACAAGAUACAGUUGAAUUGAUGGUACAAGAUUUGAGAAGCAGUGAAUCUACUGAAACAGCUGCUCAAUCCGAGGAAUUGAAUAAUUUUAUUGAAAAGAUUAGAAAUGGUGAAAGUUGUUCUAAUGAUGAUAUUGUUAAAUUUGCUAAACUUUUCAAAGAUGAAAUUACUUUGGAUCACAUGUCAAGAGCACAACUUGUUGCUAUGUGUAAAUAUAUGGGUAUUACGCCAUACGGAUCUGAUGCAAUUCUUAGAUACAGAUUGAGAUCAAAGAUGAGAAGAUUGAAGGCUGAUGAUCGUUUAAUUUAUUGGGAAGGUGUUAACUCUCUUUCAAAUGAAGAGCUUAUGUAUGCCUGUAAGGAAAGAGGUAUGAAAAUUGGAGUAUCAAAGAAGGAACUUCAAAAACAAUUGAGAGAAUGGAUUGAAUUAUCAUUUGAUAAGAAUAUUCCAUCAUCAUUACUUAUUAUAUCUCGUGCUUUUGUUUUCAAUGAUAAGGUACAAAGUGAGGAAGCUAUCAAGAUGGCUCUUGGUUCUCUUUCAGAUGAAGUUGUCGAUGAAGUCGGUAUGCAAACUUCUCCAACUCAAGAUUAUGAAAAGAAACUUGCUUCACUGAAACGUACCGAAAAGUUAAUUAAGACUGAAGAAGAGGAAAAGAAGAAAUUCGUCUUGAAGGAAGAAUUAACAAGCUCAACUCCAGCUACUCCAUCAACAACAACUGAAUCUAAACAAACUCCAGUUGAAACUGCUCCAGAAGCACCAAAAGUUGCUCUUGAUCCUGAAUUUGAAAAGGAAGAAGUUAAGAAAGCUAAGGAAGAAAAGAUUAGAAUUCUUAAUGAAAUUCUUGCUACUUUGGCUUCAAGAAGUUCAGUGGAACCUGAAAGAGAAGAAUUGGAAGAUUUAAUCAGUGAUCAUAUUGAUAUUGUUGACCAAACUAAAGGACAAGAUCCUGUUGUCAAGAUUAGUAGACUUAGUAACAGAGUUGGUAAAUUGAUUGAAAAGAUUGAAAAGGAUAUUGAUUAUGUUGAUCAAUCUAUUGCUGAUUCUCUUAAUCUUUUGGAUAAGGAUAAGGAUGGUGUUAUUACAGUUGAAGAACUUAAACAAGCUCUCAGUGUUUUGAAAGAAAAACCAUCAGAAGAAUUGAUAAAGGAAAUUAUUGACAGAAUUGAUGCCGACAAGGAUGGUGUCAUUACUGUCAAGGAUAUUUUGCUUGAAUUCAAACAGGGCAAAUUGAAAGAAUAA